AUGACAUCAACGAAACAAUUCACGGUCGCCAUCGUCGGCGGCGGGAUGGGCGGGCUGUCCCUCGCCAUUGGACUCCUCCGGCGGCAGAUCCCAGUCAAGAUCUACGAGGCUGCUGCCGAAUUCAAGGAGGUUGGCCUGGGGUUGACGAUCGGGCCGGCGGCGCACCGCGCCAUGCCGCUCAUCGAUCCCAAAAUCAGGGAAAUUUACGAUAACCUCAUCACGACCCAUGCGGACUCUCCGGGAUACGAGAGAUUCAAGGAGACCUGGUUCGAGAUUGUGCGGGCGAGCGAUGAUGAGUUGGAUGGAAAGCUGGUGCUUGAUCUCAAGGCGAAGCCCAGCGGGCAGACGACGGUGCGCCGGGCGGAUUUUCUGGAUGCACUGGUGAAGCUGGUACCGGACGGAACUGCGCAUUUUGGGAAACGACUCAGUACUUUGACUGAAACUGGGGAAGGCAUGCAGAUGCAGUUCGAAGAUGGAACGUCCGCAACAGCAAGCGUGGUCAUCGGCUGCGACGGGAUCCAUUCCAAGGUCAAGCAGUUCGUCCUAGGCCCGGACGAGUACGCCGCUACUCAACCGCGAUACGGCGGAAUGUACGGGUACCGCGCCGUCCUAGACAUGGAGACGAUGGUCAAGGCCGUUGGAGACCACCGGGCGAGAGUGUCCACCAUGUAUGUCGGCGACGGGGCAUACGGCGUCACGUACCCCAUCAAGCGGGCGCAGAAGGUCAACGUGGGAAUCUACCCGUUGCAAGCGGAGUGGGAUCAGGAGAGCUGGAUACGGCCGGCUAGUAAAGAGGAUAUGAAGAAUGACUUUCGGCAUAUGGGGCGGUUGAUUAACAGCUUGAUUGAGUAUAUGCCAGACCCAACGCAGUGGGCACUCUACGAGCAUCCGCAUAUAUCAACGUAUGCCCGUUCAAAGGUUGCCAUACUCGGUGAUGCAGCCCACGCCUCCACGCCCCAUCAAGGUGCCGGUGCUGGACAAGCAAUCGAAGACGCGCAUGUCCUCGCCGAGCUACUCGGUGAUCGUAGAGUCGUGACAGCAGAUGAUGUGAUCGCAGCCUUCACAGCAUAUGACCAGGUUCGACGGCCACGCAGUCAGCGGGUGGUGAGCAGUAGCGCGGAGAAUGCGCACCUUCUCUGUCUACGGUUACCCGGGGUAGGCAGCGACGAGGAGAAGUUCAAGACGACAUUACAGGAGAAGCUGGCGUGGCUGUGGAAUGAGGAUGUACAGGAGCAGGCGGAGAGAGCGAGGAGGAUCAUGUCGGGGAUGUUAGAGCAAUGA